AUGAAUGUCUCUCCCAGUACUCACCUGCGACGUCGAGCGGUGAGCCUCGGACGGUGGCAACUCCGAGCAAUUUCAGCCGACAGCAAUCGGUCCCACAAACAACGAGCGCCUGCUCAGUGUCAGCAACAAGUCCCGCCCAAUCUGCCUCCAACGCCGAAUCUCCGAGUCCCUGAUGAUGCGCCGCAUCGCGAGUUCUCGCCUGAAGGUUCCGGUGAAUUCUCCCUCCUCCCACCUUGA